AUGUCGGAUCCGGAGAACACGAAGCUUGGCAGGAUGCUGCUGGACGAGAUCACUCCGGUGGUCAUGGUCCUCCACACGCCGCUUGUAGAGGAGACGUGCCGGAAAAAUGGGCUAUCCCUUAUUGAAAUGCUGAGCCCUUUCAGCAACUUCAUAAAUAUUGACGUACCAGUGAGAACAGCUAGUGAUCAACCCUACAGACUGAGAAAAUUCAAGUUAAGAUUGUUUUAUGCUUCAGAAAUCCGGCAACCCAAUAUCGAGUCUGCAAAGGAAAGGUUAAAACAAGUAGUCACUGAAGCGGGAGACGAGGAUAUUUCUGAUUUAUGCUCUCAUCCCCCAUACAUUGAGUCGUUAAUAGCGUCCUCUGAGCAGGAGUUUGUACCAUCUUGGUUUCAAAAUUUUAACAAAGAGCUGAUAGACACCGCCUCCUUUUCAGAACAUGAAGCUUUUGAUCAUCCUGUGGCUUGUCUUCUUGCUGUCUCGUCACAGGAUAAAGAUCCAAUUGACAAAUUUGUUGACCUCUUCAACAGAAACCAGUUGCCCCCUCUUCUUAAUGAUGGCGCUAUGGAUCCAAAUAUUCUGAAGUAUUUCUUAUUGAUACAUGAUAAUCAAGAUGGCACAUUGGAAAAAGCCACUGGAGUCAUGACAGAAAUGAGGAGUACAUUUGGUGCAACUGAUUGCCGUUUGUUGUGUAUUAAUUCUUCUACGCAUGGCAUGGAAGAACAUCAAGAAAACCCAUGGGCAUAUUAUAAGAACAGUACUACAAAUAGCAAGCAGUUGGGUUGCUUUCUAAAUAUGGAUGACAUAGAAGCGUUGAGAAGCACAAUGCAUGAUCUAUCAUCUAAACAUGUAAUACCUCAUAUGGAGCAGAAGAUUCGUGUGCUCAAUCAGCAGGUUUCAGCGACAAGGAAGGGUUUUAGAAACCAGAUAAAAAACUUAUGGUGGAGAAAAGGAAAAGAUGAUGCACCAGAAAAUCCUAAUGGCUCGAUGUACACUUAUAGCUCCACAGAAUCACAGAUACGAGUUUUGGGCGAUUAUGCUUUCAUGUUACGAGAUUAUGAACUUGCAUUAUCAAACUAUCGGCUUAUUUCUACGGAUUACAAGCUUGAUAAAGCAUGGAAACACUAUGCUGGUGUUCAGGAGAUGAUGGGACUGGCUUACUUUAUGUUGGACCAGUCGAGAAAAGAUGCAGAGUACUGCAUGGAAAAUGCUUUUAGCACUUACUCGAAAAUUGGAUCAUCUGGCGGGCGGCAUGCCACGCGUUGUGGUAUAUGGUGGGCUGAAAUGCUGAAGGCUAGGAGUCAGUUCAAAGAUGCUGCCAGUGUCUACUUCCGUAUCUCUGGUGAGGAACCUUUGCAUUCUGCGGUAAUGCUUGAGCAAGCAUCAUACUGCUUCUUGUUAUCCACACCAACAAUGUUACGGAAGUAUGGAUUUCAUCUUGUGCUUUCUGGGGACAUCUACAAGAAAAGUGAUCAGAUAAAACAUGCAAUUAGAACAUAUAGAGGUGCUCUUUCUGUCUUCAAGGAUACAGCUUGGAGCCAUAUCAGAGAUCAUGUCCAUUUCCAUUUGGGGAAGUGGUAUGCAUCUCUUGGAAUGUUUGAUGAGGCUAUAAAACACAUAUUGGAGGUCCUGCUCUGUGGUCAUCAAAGCAAAGCAACUCAAGAGUUGUUUCUGCAGGAGUUUCUUCGAAUUGUACAGGAAACUAGGCAGACAUUCGAGGUCCCGAGGCUUCAGUUGCCUGCGAUCAAUUUUCCUUCUAUCAACAUCGUGUUUGAAGAUCAUCGGACUUAUGCAUCACCUGCAGCUGCUAGUGUUAAGGAAAGUGUAUGGCAAUCUUUGGAAGGGGACAUGAUUCCAUCCUUGUCAGUUACGAAGACUAACUGGCUAGAGUCACAAUCAAAGGUUUUACCGAAGAAGUACAAAGAAUCAAAUGUUUGUAUUGCUGGAGAGCCAAUCUUGGUGGAGAUUAGUUUCAGAAACCCUCUUCAGAUUCCUCUAUCUAUCUCAAAUGUUUCUCUGAUAUGCAAGCAUUCAGCAGAGGAUGAUGAAACUGAACCAGGUACAAUCUUAUUUUCUUGUCUUAGUUCAUUAAACUUCAGCUUAGACACAUCUUUAUUCACUUUAUCGGAAGUUGACAUUUCAUUACAAGGGGGUGAAACAAUGUUGGUUCAACUCACAGUCACUCCCAAAACAGAAGGUACCUUAAAAGUAGCUGGUGUUAGGUGGAAACUCUCUGCUUCAGUUAUUGGAAUUUAUAACUUUCAGUCAGAUAAUAUGAGGAAAAAAGUUGCUAAAGGUAAAAAGAAACUAAAGAAGAUGAAAGAUGACUUGCAGUUCUUAGUCAUAAAGAGUCUACCCAGGCUUGAGGGUGUCAUCAACAACUUGCCUGAAGCUGUUUAUGUUGGAGAGCUCCGUCGUCUUACCCUGGAAUUGCGGAAUCCAUCAAAUAUAUCCGUAAAGAAUUUGAAGCUGAGGAUCAGCCAUCCAAGAUUUCUAAAUAUUGCAGCUUUGGAUGUUAUGAAUUUGGAAUUUCCAUCUUUCCUUAGAAAUCGGGAACAUUCUUUACAGCAACCGGCCACUGCUGAUGCAGUAGAUAGCAUAUUUGUAUUUCCUGAGACCACAGCAAAUUCUUGGGAAACGCCAUUGAAGUGGCCCCUAUGGUUUAGGGCUGCUGUUGCUGGGAGCGUUUCACUUUACAUAUCACUUUACUAUGAGAUAGAAGAUGGAUUUUCAGUGAUAACAUAUCGAACUUUACGCAUUCAGUACAAUUUGGAGGUACUGCCAUCUCUAGAAGUGUCGUUGCAGACCAGCUCCUGUCCUUCAAGAUUGCAGGAGUUUCUUGUCAGGAUGGAUAUCGUAAACAAAACCAACUCAGAGAGUUUUCGAGUUCAUCAAUUAUCAUGUGUUGGAGAUCAAUGGGAACUUGCACUACUCCGGCCAGCAGAUCCUGUGGUUUCUUUUGAACUUUUAUCUGCCGGUCAAGCUUUAUCAUGCUUUUUCAAACUAAAGCAUCGCAGGAGGCAAGGUAGUACUGAGAAGACAAUAUCUUCCAUUGCUACAUCAGGGAGAGCGGAUGUGGGGCUCGUUGACAGUGAUUUCAAAAGCUUGUAUGAUACUUCAAUUUCACCUUUCAAUCUAUUUCACCAUUAUGAAAGAUUGCACCAAGACAGACGCGAGCAGGAUCUUGUAAGCUCACUCGACUUCAUCUUGAUAUUCGAGUCACCGAGUGAAAACGAUGCUGGGAAGCCUAGCCCACGAGUUUUCUCUCAUCACUCUUGCCAUUGCAGGCUUGCAAGUACGAGCCCAAUAUGGUGGUUGAUGGACGGGCCCCGGUCAGUGAGGCACGAUUUUUCUUCCACUUUCUGCGAAGUCAAUCUGAGCAUGACUGUUCACAAUUCCUUGGAAGAUAUCGUGUCUGUCCGCAUCAAAACCCUCGACUCCAUGCCGGCGGUCAACUCUUUGACCAGUGCAGGGCCCGUUCCUGGAAACGAAGCGGGCUGGCACGACACGUCUCAUCUUAACGAAAUCAAAGUAACAACUGAUGUCAUGGGCGCCCGGUUAGGCCGCGCCUCGUCAGCCGAGAGCAUUACGCCUUUCUUGUGGACCGGGUCGAGUUCGACCAAAUUUGAGCUGGGGCCGUUGUCUUCAGUUGUGGUUCCUAUGCAGAUUUCCGUUUUCGCCCCUGGAACGUUUGAUUUGUCGAACUACUCUCUGGACUGGAGUGUCGUGUCGUCUGGUGAUGGGGAUGGGUCGAGAGCUUCUUCUGGUACAUGCAGGGGUCAUACUUAUCAUAUUACGGUGCUCGGAAAAGAAUGA